CUCCUCUGAUCUCCAUCAAAGUUGUAUCAAAGUUGUAUUCUUAAGGGACCUUUGAGAGAGUGGAAACACGAGUGUAUGUGAGGGAGUGUGCUAUGUAAUUAAAAAUCACAACUAUGUCUUCAAACAACCAUGGAACUCUCUUUCUAAUCCUCCGUUGAUCACCGGAAAAAACUACAAUGUUUGGGCAAUCAAGAUGAAGACCUUCUUGAGAGGUAAUGAUGUGUGGGAAUCAGUAGAGAGAGGCUUUAAUCCCCCAUGGUUACCCUGGAAUCCAAGUUUGGCUCAGAUUAAGAACCAUGUAGAUUGUGUUGUAGGAUCCUACAAAGCUUUGUCUUUCAUACAAAGUGGGGUUUCUAAUGAAAUUUUUCCUAGAAUUAUGAGAGCUGAGACAGCUCAAGAUGCAUGGGAAACUUUGAAGAAGGAAUAUGGAGGAGAUGAGAGAGUCAAAGGCCAAAACAUGGUUACUCUCAAAAGAGAGUUUGCUAUGUUGAAGAUAAAGGAUAUAGAGACUGUUCAUCAGUAUUCUUCAAAGGUGAUGGAUCUGGUUAAUGAAAUUAGAUUAAAUGGUGAAGACUUUCUUGAUGCCAUGGAGUUGACAGUUGUUGCAUUAAUUGGCAAGUUGCAAGCUUAUGAACAAUGGGUUGUCCUAAGAGUUGAAGAUACAGCUAAAGGUGCAUCCCAAGCUAAGGAAAAGCAACAUGCAGCUGGUCAUGAAAGAAGGCAGCCUCCUAGUAGAGCUGAAAAAGGAAAAGUUGUUGAUAUUCAAUCACAACAGCUAAAGGACUAAUUUCCAUCAUGUCUUACUUGUAAGAGGACAAAUCAUGAAGAAAAAGAUUGCUAGUAU